AUGUCGAAUGGUGGCGCCAGGAGGCUUCACCAGCUCAUCGAGAAUCUGCAACACAAAACGCUCACGGAUCAAAAGCGGACAUGGACUCAAGAAAGCCAGUCGAUGAUGUACAGCUGGAGAAGUAAUGCUCAAUUUGCAACUUCAACUUUGAAAGCGCUCGCACGACAGCACUUAACUUCUCUUGCUAUCUACACGCUGACUCUUAUGGCAGACCGAAGCGUUGAGACCAACAUUGUACACUACACAACAGUUGUGUCUGCCCUUGCGCACAGAUGCUUCUGGGAACUGGCGCUCAGCAUCGUGCACCAGUUGCCACCUGGUGUCUCUGCGAAUUCGUACACCUUCAACAGUUUAGCCAGCGCCUGCUCUGGUGGCAGUGAGUGGGCCUCGGCAUUGCAAGUUCAGGAAGACAUGCUCAAUCUUGGGAUUCUGCCGGACGGCGUUACAAGGAACGUGGUUCUCAGUGCAUGCGAGAAGGGUGCUCAGUGGAGCAUGGCCGUAAAGAUGUGCGCGUUCAGGGUUUCCACAGGACAGGACCCUUCGCAAGCAACCAUCAGCUUCAAUUCUGCAUUGGCUGCACUCCAAAAUAGCCAGAGCUGGAAACAUGCUUUGCUUGGUUUCAACACGAUGCUUCCAUCUCGUGCCUGCCCGGACGAGUACUCUUGCAGCACUUGCAUCAACUCUUGUCAGCAUUCAUGGCAGCUGGCUGUCAGCGGCUUGGAGGAAGUGACCCUAGCAGGUUUGUGUCCGAACAACGUUGUGUACGGUGCCACUCUUAACUCGUGUGAGAAGAGUGGGGCAUGGUCUUUGGCACUGGAACUGGCCGAUGAAAUCCUUGCAAGAAGGACACUUCCAAAUCAGUACACUUUCAAUUCUGCCAUGAGUGCCGCCGACAAGGCAAGCCAUUGGAAAUACACAGUGGGGCUGUUUUCGCAGAUGCCACACUACGCAGCUCAUGAUGUUGUCUCUUGCACCGCGUUGAUUAGUGCAUGCGGAAGUGGAAGUUGUUGGACUUCGGCCCUGGCACUGUUGCACACAAUGCCUGAGCGCUCUAUCCACCCGAACGCUGCAACUUACAACGCAGUACUGAAGGCAUGCUGCUCCAAUGGGCUUGACACAGCAUUAAUGGUUCUGGCAUCCUUAGAAGACGUUCAUGCGAACUUUCCCGACGUGCUGACUUACAACAUUGUGAUCAGUGCGUGCAGCACGGAAGGGGCAUGGCAGCUGGGACUCCAUUACCUUGGUGAUAUGUCGGCGAAAAGGCUCAUUGCUGAUGUGGUUACUUACAACUCCGCUAUCAGCGCUUGUGAGAAGCUGGGCCAAUGGCAAGCUGCUUUGGACCUGAUCGCACAGAUGUCAAGCUGCACUGUGGUUCCAAACAGCAUCACUCUAGGCGCAGCAAUCAGCGCCACCGUGCAGUUAGGCAAAUGGCGAGAAGCCAGCUGCUUGUAUAGCAUGUUGGCAGCAUCAGAGGUACCAACCGUGAUCGCAUGUAAUUCAAUGCUGGCAGCUUUAGAGUCGUCCAGCCAGUGGCAACGGUCAUUGAGCUUUCUACACUGCCUGGCUGACAGCCUUGUGCAAGCUGACACCAUCACAUACAGUGUGGUGCUUUCAGCCUGCCAGAAAAGCUUGCAGUGGCAGCACGUGUUGGAAGUCGUGCAGCUACUGCCAGCCCAAUGCGCUUUGGAUACUCGAGUGUACGCAUCUGCUUUUGAUGCUUGUGCCAUGAGUGCACAAGCAAAAGAUGCAGUCCGUCUUCUUGAGGCUUUGGCCCAUGUUGUGCGGUUCUGA